GUCUGCCUCCACAAGCGCAGUUGGACCGAGCGGACAGAGUUUGUCCUCAGCAGGGAACGUCACGGGCGCGCCUUUUCGUUCUGGACUCUCUCUCUCUGUCUCUCGACUCUGCCGCCAUGAGCACGAUGACAUCGGAGAACGCUUUUCUUUCCUCGUUACAGCCGCACACCUUGUCCACCACCUAUGCUCUCCCGUCGGACAACCAACUCGGGAAUGGGAGCGCCAUGUCGGACGACGCCGUGCGCGCGCGGCGGGUCCAGGAGCAGAUCAAGCUGAAACUCGCUGAAAAGGGGACACUUCCGCGUCAGAAUGGAAAGGCCUCGCAAUACGCAAUGUCAGACUAUGGCGGUUCUUCAACAAUGAAAUACAGCCACUAUAGCCCAAGUUACAGUCCUAAGACUUCCUCCAUGUACUCAAAAACCCUGGGUCCUCGUGUGACCACCAGGGCGGAAUUCAGCAGCCGAUCUGCAGCCCCAGACUUUACCCAGUUUCAGCGAAUGAGUGUGGGUGGAGGUGGAGGUGGAGGUUUUUACCGAGAAGAAAUGUACAGGGGUGGUGUCCAAGGGUCCAUCAGACAGAACCAAAUGGAUCGAGAUGACAUGUCUGUGCAUUCAAUGCGAAACAUGCAGACAGCCAAUCCGUGGAUGAUGGACAACAGCGAUGCUGGAAGCCUGAUCUCCGAGCGAGAUGGCACCUUUGACCAUCAGUAUUCCCAGAACGGCUACAGCACCCAAAUAAGACAAGGAGGAGGCAUCAUUACUCAACAGACAGGGUUUCAGACCCAGGAGCCUGCAAUGUCCUUCGGGCGUCAAAGUUUAAGUGGCACUCUAUCCCGUGGGGGAGGUCUGGGAGGAGGAGGGUCGGAAAUUAUCCAACAGCAGUCCUUUAGAGGCCCAGCCCACCGCACUAUCAGCAGGAUUACAAACCGUAACCGGAUGAGUGUGGGCUCCCUGUCUGGUAGCCGGAUGACCGCAAGUGCCGGCAACAUUGGAGCAGGAGGAGACAGAAUGGAUGGUGGGUUUUUAAUGUCCGUGAAAGCUGGUUCUCAACGGAACCUCGCGCAGCAACGCCUCGGUGGCAUGAGCCGAUCCACGUCUAUGAGAAGUGUUCAUAGCGUGGGCGGGGGCAUGGAUAUCUAUGGCCAGGCAGAUUUUGAAGAGCUGCCCCACCUGCAAAGCAUCAACUCAAUGGAUAUGCCCACUGCAGUUUCAUACCUGCGGGAAGACGAAAAGUCGAUGCAGGUCUUGGGUUCAGCAUACAUUCAGCAUAAAUGCUACAAUGACAAGUCUGCAAAAGAAGAGGUGAACAAAUUGGGUGCCAUUCAGUUUCUGGUGGACAUGCUCAACAGUAAUGAUCCUGAAGUUCGUCGUUAUUCCUCUGGUGCCGUGCGCAAUUUGAUCUUUGAACAUAAUGACAAUAAGAACAACUUUGUGCAUCACAAUGGCAUCAGUGAGAUUCAUAAAGCCCUUGACAUAGAUGACGAUGAGCUUCGCAAAAACAUCACAGGUAUUCUGUGGAAUCUUUCAGCCAGAGAUCAUCUGAAGGAGAAGCUGAAGGAUCUGAUUCCUAAACUCGCCACACAAAUCCUUAUUCCUCUCAGUGAAGAUGAGAGUAAAAAAGCACAAAAUAUUAAAGAAAACUUAGAUAUCCCCUCAGAUUGUCCCUCGAAGAGAGAAAUAUUAAACAACACCUUGGGACUCUUGCGGAAUCUGAGCUCUGGCUCAGACAAGGUCCGUACAGAGAUGCGAACAACAAAAGGGCUGGUGGAGUCUUUAGUGGAUGUUGUUAUGACCACCAUUGACACUGGAAAAAUACAAAACAAGGAUGCUGAGAACACGGUGUGCAUCUUAAGGAACCUCUCAUUCCAAGUGUAUGAUGAAAUGCCUCCAUCUCUGAAAGCAAAUUGGACUUCUGGUCAAACUACCUCAUCGGAGACUGUCGGCUGCUUUUCACCAAAUAGCAGCAAACUCAAACGGAAACAGUGUGCUGAGAAAUCCUUUUCACCUGCUGAGCUAACAAAAAACCCAAGCGGCAUGGAGUGGCUGUGGCACCCUAAAAUAGUGCAUUUGUACUUUAGUGUGAUAAAAUCAUGCGAAAUUAAUUCCACCACACGAGAGGCCGCCCUUGGAGCUCUGCAGAAUAUCACCGCUGGACAGGAGCGGUGGGCUGAAAAGAUUUCCGGCUACAUCGUGAACGACUGCAAGAUGGUGCCAUCCCUGAUGGAUCUCAUGCAGUCAGAAAGAAUCUCUGAGCUACGUGUUCUCAGUGGCUUGAUGAGGAACAUCUCCAAUCAUGCUGACAUUGGACAAGCAGUCGAUGUCGUGGUGAAGAAGUUACCAGAGUCAUCCAACUCUAGCAAACUUCCUCCUGAAGUGGUGAUCAACCUCUGUGGUGUCCUCAACAAUAUGGUGGCGCGCAGUUUCAACUCUGCCAAGAGAAUCACUGAAAAUUCUGGCUUGCAAAAACUGAUGAGCAUGAAGGAAUUUGCGGCGAUCACCCCAGACAUGGCUGAUGUGAGCAGAAGUGCAGGCAUAGUGCUUCGCAAUAUGUACAAUUACAGAAAACUCCACAGCGUUUUCAGAAAGCAAAAUUAUAAGAAAUCGGACUUCAUUCCUAGAUCCUGAGAAGCAGGAUCUGACCCAUGGGACAAACUGCUGUGUAUUUUUUCAAAAUGGUCCAUCAGAACAGCACGAGAACCGCGGAUGCAGCAGGACUAUGAACAGAUCUUGCCUGCACUCUAAUUUGUGGAAACUGUACAGAAGCUGAUGGAUUUUAUUCCAGUCAUAACAACAUACAUUUAAGUGAAAUGGUUUAAAAGUUGAUGGGAGAACCUUUUUCUAUAACAAGUUAUUUUUGUAAAUAGUGCUUUUAAUUUUAAAAAGAUAUCAGAUUGAAUAUUUUUGUUUAUACAAGUCGGCGUCGAAUCUUGUUUUAUUCGAAUGGAAAUUAGAGACAAAAAAUGGAUGUAAAUAUCUUUCAUCUUUGGGGAUCAUGCAUAUGUAUCUGCAUGUUUUCUUAUACUAAAAAUGAAAAUCUGAAAAAAAAAAAUGUAAUCAGCUGGUGGAGUAAAAAGUUGUAUGCAAAGUUUAUAUAUAUUUUCAGUUGAAGAAGUUUAUAAAUGAGAUGAAUGUUGCAUCUGAGCACCUUUGAGACUUUUUUUCAAAAUCUUAAAUUUUACAGAUAUUCUAUUUUGGGGUUAAUAAAUAUUAAGAUGUGAUUUUUAAAGAUUAAUGUCCAGCAUCAGUGGUGUCAAAUAUGUGGGUUUUGUACUUUUGUGUGCUUUAUACCAUCACAUGUAUCAUCCAAUUUUAACAACUAAUAAAAAGACACAUUGGGAGAAAAAUUUAA